AUGAAGGUUACCUUUGCUGCAAUUAUGGUUGGCUGUGCGACUUUUGUCGCCGCCAUGCCCGUCUCUUUGCAGGGCAAUACUUUGGCCUUGACCAUGGAGCGCAGGGAAUUCACCAAAUCUCAGCUUCACAAGCGUGCGGGAUAUGAUGGAAAUAUCAUUGACAGCGCCAACUACAUCCUGGUGCUUCUCAAAGACGAUGCCGAGGGUGUCGAUCCAUACCAGGAUGAGGUUGAUGCCGUUCAGGACCCGGCUGAUGUUCUUGGUUAA